AUGAUUCUAGAUUCCACCUUGCAUCCUGAAGCCCAAUGUGUGUUUAACAGUUUCGUUUGGGGCACUCAAAUGAGAUAUGGGCUCACUGAGAAAGAGGUGAAGGGAGUUCUUCAGUUAGUUAGUGAUAAGUUUGUCCAGGACUUCAGCCUUGCUUGUCAAGCCAGUGGUAAAGAUCAGUGCCAACUUGCUGCCCAGCUUGAGGAGGUUCACAUGUCUGCAAAUAUUUUGGACCACUUGGGACAGCCAGGCAUCAUGUUGGUUGAUGGUGGCCAAACAUUGCCUGUGACGAUACUGGCCUCACAAAGUGUUGAAGAAAACAAAGGGUGGGAAGCACUGUGCAGCGAGAUCCUACACCAGAUAUCAGGGCAGAUGAACAAAAACGUCAGGGCAUCAACUGAACCUCCUUACCACACUCCUGCUUCUCGCCCUUCCACUCAACUGGGGAUUCAACAGGCAGUCAUGGGGCCCACGGCUCUCUGUGUGGACACUGCAGUAGCUUUGCUAAGGAUGGGGAGGGCCCCACUCCCUUCUUGGAAGAUGCCUGACCCUUUAGCAGUGUCUCAGGUUGAAGACAGGAGACUUACAGUCUCCAGUUCAUCAAGUAUCCAUGAUCAAGAAGCAGUCUCCACAGAGCUGGCUUUGUUCAUCAAUGAGCUCAACCUUACCACUAGCAGUUCUCUGGGAGGCAUGCCAAUGAAUCCCCCCAAAAUCAUUCCACCAUUCACUCGGUCUGCCACUUCAUCUUACUUGACAGAAUUUGACACUGUGGCCACAACCCGAAUUGCACCCAGCAUCCAGUCCAACUCAGCUAGGCCCACUGCCACUCCUAGCUCCACUUUGUGGCUUCAAAGUGUCACAUUAUCAGACCAGGCCAGUGCCUAUGCUGAUCCAGAACCUAGAGUGUCAACCCAACGUCAUUGUUGUGGGGACAAGUCCAUGAUUGCAAACCUGGAAUGGUUGACAUCAUCUUCAUUGAGUAGAGUACCUGACACUCAGGGGGUUGCCACAUGGGCAGGAAAUUUGGGGCCCAAUGAAGUUGAAGUUAUUGUUCUCAUUCGCAACUAA